AUGGCGGCCGCGCCACACCCGCCGCCGCUCGAGCCCGACCAAACCCUAGCGCUCCCGGACGCGCUCCUCCUCCGCGUCCUCGCCUGCCUCCCGGAGCCCCACCUCACGGGCGCCGCCUCGCUGGUCUGCAGGCGGUGGACGCGCCUCGCGGGGCGCCUGCGCCGCCGCCUCGCCGUGCGGGACUGGGCCUUCGUCGCGCACCGCCUGCCCUACCGCUUCCCCGACCUGGCCGACCUCGACCUGUUCCCGGCCUCCAUCGCCGCGCCCACCGCCGUGGCGGCGCCCCACGCGUCCCCGCUCCUCACCUGCGGCGCGGUCUCGCUAACCCUAGACGCCAGCGCGGACCCGCCGCUCGGCGCCUGCCGCUUCAUCGACGACGACGCGCUCGACCGGGGACUCGCCGCAGUCGCCGCUAGCCUCCCCAACCUCCGCCGUCUCUCGGCCACCGCCGCCUCUGAGUCCGGCGGGCUCAUGGCCAUCGCCGGCGGAUGCCCGACGCUGCAGGAGCUCGAGCUCCACCGCUGCACCGACCUCGCCCUCCGCCCGGUCUCCGCCUUCGCGCACCUCCAAAUCCUCCGCAUUGUCGCCGCGUGCCCCGCGCUCUACGGCACCGCCGAGGGCGGCGGCGUCACUGACAUCGGCCUCACCAUCCUCGCCCAUGGAUGCAAGCGGCUCGUCAAGCUGGAGCUUCAGGGUUGCGAGGGGAGCUACGACGGCAUCGCGGCUGUUGGGCGCUGCUGUGCGAUGCUUGAGGAGCUCACCAUCGUUGACCACAGGAUGGACGGCGGGUGGCUUGCCGCCCUAGCAUUCUGUGGGAACCUCAAGACCCUGCGGCUGCAGAGUUGCAGCAGGAUCGACGACGACCCUGGCCCGGCGGAACACCUUGGUGCUUGUCUCACGCUCGAGAGCUUGCAGCUGCACCGGUGCCAGCUGCGUGACCGUAGCGCCCUCCACGCCCUCUUUUUGGUCUGCGAGGGAGCCCGUGAGAUACAGGUCCAGAAUUGCUGGGGCCUUGAAGAUGAUAUGUUUGCCUUGGCUGGCCUAUGCAGGAGAGUAAAAUUCCUGUUGUUAGAAGGGUGCUCACUAUUAACAACUCGAGGUCUCGAAUCGGUGAUAACCUCAUGGAGCGAUCUCCAGAGUCUAGAAGUUGUUACCUGCAACAAAAUCAAGGAUGAGGAAAUAACCCCUGCCCUUUCAGAGCUAUUCUCCAAUCUCAAAGAGCUGAAGUGGCGGCCUAACAACAAGUCACUUCUUGCCGCGAGCCUCGUUGGCACUGGGAUGGGAAAGAAGGGCAGGGUAUUUUUCAAAAGGGGCCUGAAGGGAUCAAAGGCACAAGCACAACGGCACAACGCACGCGCGCGCGCUGAAACUAACCAAGAAGAGAGGAGGGAAGGAGCAGAGCAAGAAGCCAAGAAGAUGGCCGCCGCUGCCGCCGUCCCGGACGGCGUCUCCUCCUGCGGGAGCACCAACAUGCGCCGCGCCGACCACCUCCCUCAGCACCCGAUCCCGCUGCCCUGCAUGGGCGAGCCCACCGCCGCCUCCCGCGUCUCGCCGGGCUCCUCCCCGGCCCGCUCCGAGGCCUCGCGGGGCGCCCCUGGCUACAACGCCGACGCCGAGCCGGACCCGGAGCCCGAGGCCGAGGCCUCCGUGGGGCGGAGCACGCAGAUGCCGCUCGCGAUGGCCGCCAUGGGCGGGCGCGGCGGGCCCUACGGCCGCCGCCCGGCCUCGUCCUACGGCAGCUGCGCCGCGUGGAGCGCCGGGUCGCUCAGCAGGCACCGCCCCGCAUCGCCGUCCCCGAUCUGCAGCCCCGUGAACAGCCACGGCGGCGGCGGGGAGGAGGAGGACCGCGAACCGCACGGGGGUGACGACGCCUCCUCGUUCGUCACGCCACGGAUGGAAGAAGAGCAAGGGAGGGCCAGAGCAGAUUUCAUGAAUCCUUCUGCUACACCUCGAAACAUCAGACAGACACCCAGGCACCCUUCUCUGCUGGAUAGGAGAGUUGAAGGGACUAAUCAAAUGCCUCCAAGAUUCAUUCACAAGACCACACCAGCUAGAUUUAUGCGCCGAGCUCGCUCCUCACAUAAUUUCCGUCAGCGCGUGGGUGCACUAGAUGCUACCAAUGAAUGGAGACUGCCCAAAGUAAGUGAAGGGGAUGACGAGGGAGGUGAUCAAAAAGACUGGCAGGCUGAUACCGUGUCAUCUCGUAUAUCCUCAGCUCGUGAUUGGAAUUUUGAGUCUGAUGGUGCCUAUGAGGGUAGCAAUCAUAGCGAUCGUGCAUUUGGUGAUUCAGAUGGUGGGAACCGUCCAGUUGAAGUGCAAAGGAUGGAGAGACGGAUCCCGAGCUCCGUGUUAAAACCCCAAGGCAAUUUAGUCCAUGCCAAGUUGGUUGCCUGGAAGGAUGCGCAGAUUGCAAAGCUCAUAGAAAAGCUGAAAAGGAAAGAAGCCGAUAUUGAUGAUUGGCAGAGGAAGAAGAUCACAAAGGCCAAGCAGAAGAUGAGAAGUUCUGAGUUGAAGUUGGAGAAGAAGAGAGCGGAAGUGGCAGAAAAGAUGCAAAGGGCGAUAAAGCAUGCACAAAAAAAAGCUGAUAAGAAGAAAGUCAAGGAGCAGGUAGCCACUAAAGUUCAGAUAGAUGGUGUUGAGAGAGCAUUGAAGAUGCACGAUUGUUUAAACCUACAAUCUGACUUCCAAAUUCCUGAAAAAGUUUAUGACCUUUGGCUCCCAAACUCAAGAAAAUGGGAUGAAAAUAAAGCUACAACUCUCUUUGGUCAACAAACAUUUCAAAAUGGGAUGAAUAUCAUGACAGAGAGGGAUUCAAUAAUAGGAGGAACAGAUAUGCCAGUUCUCCUACGUGUCUGA